ACCAAAUGAACAUAAAAAUGGUGCAGGAAGAUGGAAUUAAUCUGUUGACUGUUAUUAAAGGCACAAGUACAUACCGACGCUCAAGGCGACAUGAUUAUACCUCAGAUUUUAUUCCUCCUACAAUGACAGAAUACAGAAAUGCAGUUAAUCAACAAUAUAAACUAUUUAAUUUCGCUACAAGCUCUGUGAUGCUUUCAACAUUGGAAGAUGGCAAGAUAGUGAGGGGUCUUGCAGGGGUUCCCAACGAAGGGCCCAUUCUACUAAUUGGUUAUCACAUGCUUAUGGGAUUGGAACUUGCUCCCAUUGUUGAGGCAUUCUUGAGGGAGAAGAAGGUUAUGGUUCGUGGUAUGGCUCACCCAAUAUUGUUUACCAAGACUGUUGAAACUUCUUUACAAGAAUUCUCCCACUUUGAUCACUUGAGAAUCUUUGGUGCAUCACCUGUCUCUCCUAGCAACCUCUAUAAGUUGUUAUCAACAAAAUCAUAUGUUCUUCUUUAUCCUGGUGGUGUACGUGAGGCUCUCCAUCGCAAGGGUGAAGAAUAUAAGUUAUUUUGGCCUGAUCAGCCUGAAUUUGUGAGAAUGGCAGCUAGAUUUGGGGCAACAAUUGUACCUUUUGGAGUUGUUGGAGAAGAUGAUAUUGCAGAGCUCGUUAUCGAUUACAAUGAUCUAAUGGGCAUUCCCUUUGUUAGAGACUGGUUAAAGGAAAGCAAUCAAAAUGUUAUAAGAUUAAGGAAUGAUUCAAGUGGGGAGGUUGCAAACCAGGACAUGUUCUACCCUGGAAUUUUUCCAAAGAUACCAGGCCGCUUUUACUAUCUAUUUGGAAAACCAAUUGAAACAAGGGGAAGAGAGAAGAUACUACUGAAAGAUAGAGAGAAAGCCAAUAAAUUGUACUUGCACAUAAAAUCUGAAGUUGAAGGCAUAAUGUCUUAUUUGGUAAAGAAAAGGGAGGAGGAUCCAUACAGGGAUGUCAUACAGAGGACUAUAUAUAGGGCUUUCUCAGCUCCUGCAGAUCAAGUCCCCACAUUUACACCAUGAUCUAUUUUUUAUUUUAGCCAUGAUUUAAGUUGGUAUACAAGAUGCAAUUGUAUGUUCUUUGAAUAUAUGCAAAUAAGAUGAACUCUUUAUGGAUAGAGAGCCUAGUAUUUUGGGUUGAUCUAAUUCUUGCCAAGUUACACUUACAUAGUUGUCCUAAUUCCUAAAUAGCCGGUUAUACCCUCCAAAUAUGUUGGAUUUUCUGCCCUAAUUGGACAUUUGAAUAAUUGAAUAUAAUUGUAAC